AGUGCCGAGUUUAGCACUUUGCAACAUGAUCCACGGAGAGGCCGGGCUCUGCGGCGCUGCAUCCUGCCACACCGCACCACAUGGAGACCGGAUAGAGGCUCGGUGAACGGGGGAAAGAAGGUGGACCCGUCUUCCUCUGUGGGAUGCCUAUAUGAACAGCAUCAGCAGCUCCUGACAAAGCAAAGGCAGACAGAGACAUGAGGGUGACGGGAAGCGCUGCCGGUGCUGAUUGCGUUCUGCGUCAAAGCUCCUUCAGCAGAUGAUGAUGCCCUCUGUGCCUCCGAAAGGACUUUUUGGGUUUGCUGUUUGCUUGUGAACACCCCUCAUGCCGCAGGGGUCUGUGUUCUUAACUCGGGGUUGUAAACAUCCAUCAGGGACAGUCAUGGUCACCCCAUCUCCAGUAGCUCAGACGCUCUCAGCAUCUGCAUUGUAAACGGGGGGGAAGUGGGGGUUUUGAAGGAAUAUGCAGAGAUAAACAAAACAAAACCAAACAACAGGUUUUAUUUUCAUCUCUUGAUCAGACACAGCCAUAGCCGGAUUCUCGGGGUUUUCUUGUUUACCAACAUGAACUCGCUGUUUUUCUCCGAUACUCCGCCCGGUCCAGUCUGCAACGUCCCCACCGGGUCGGGCGCGGUGACCAGCGCCCUGCGUAACGACCUGGGCUCCAACAUCCAUGUGCUGAAAACCCUCAACCUGCGAUUCCGCUGCUUCCUUGCCAAAGUCCACGAGCUGGAGAGGAGGAACAAACUGCUGGAGGGCCAGCUGCAGCAAGCUCUGCAGAGACCGCAGUACCGACACCUUUACGCCCGGGAAGUCGCCGUGCAGACGGACGGCCCCGAGUCCAGGCUGCCGGGCACCAUCUGGAGCUUCACCCACGUCCGGAGGCAAGGAGAGCGCUUCGAGACCCUGCACGCGCCCGGGGUGACGUGGACGCACCCGGACGGAGUUGGGGUCCAGAUAGACACCAUCACCCCAGAAGUGAGGGCUCUGUACAACGUGCUGGCCAAAGUCAAGCGGGAGAGGGACGAGUACAGGAGGAAAUGGGAGGAGGAGUUGUCCAAACGUCAGCAGCUGGAGUCCACGGUGGAAUCCCUGCAGCAGAGCGCCAGGGACUCAUCAGAGGUCCAGGAUGAGCUGAGCGAGAAGGUGGACAGACUGAAGGCUGAACUCGUCGUCUUCAAGAGUCUGAUGAGUGAUCAAAUGUCUGACCUGGACUCUAAGAUUCAGGAGAAAGCCAGGCGGGUGGACAUGGACAUCUGCAGGCGGAUCGACAUCACGGCCAAACUGUGUGACGUGGCUCAGCAACGCAACUCAGAGGACAUGUCAAAGAUGUUCAACGUCAGUCCUGUCAGGUCGCUCCCAGAGAAGGGUGCCAUGGCCUGCUGCAGGAGAAAAGAGCGCAAAGUCGUGUCUGAUGAGGAGACAUCAGAGAUGGAUGCCGAACCCAGCCCUACAGAAGAAGAGGUCCCUGGGUCGCUCAACAUCACAGACGAGAUGAAACGCAUGCUAAACCAGCUACAUUGCUCAGAUAACUCCUUUGUUGCCAGGCGCGAGACGUUUGAAAUCGACGACGACUGCGACAGUCUGACAUGGGAGGAGAACGAGGAGACUCUGCUGCUGUGGGAGGACUUCACAAACUACAACUUGCCGUGCGCCAUCACUGCGACUCCCUGCACAACCGCCUGCCCCUGUGACAGCACAGUGGAAGCUGCUGAUCCAGACUCCCAGGAUGGAAGUCUUGGCAGCCUCAUCGAUGAAACAGAGUCACUAUUUAAGACCAGAGAGCAGGAGUACCAGGAGACCAUCGGCCAGAUCGAGAUGGAAUUGGCCACAGCAAAGAGCGACAUGAACCGACACCUGCACGAGUACAUGGAGAUGUGCAGCAUGAAAAGAGGCCUCGACGUGCAGAUGGAAACCUGUCGACGGAUGAUAAAAGGUGGCAGGAACUCUCCUUCUUUCAGCUCUGUGGCAAGCAGUGACUCAGGGAACACAGACGAGAUACAGGACGAGAUUUUGGACAAGGACCCAGAAGCUGAAGUCCCUGUUAGUUGAUGGCUGCAUGGCCGGGCCCUGUCCCAUCUCCGCCUGUCUACAUCUGGUCAUCACAGGGUUUAAAACCCUACCGCAGAGGUGGACUAAUUUAAAUCUGGGCCUGUUUGUCCUAUCAAAGUUCUGAUGGUCGUGCUCACUGACCAAGACCUAGAACUGGUGCUUUUAUACUGUUUCUGUUGUUUAGAAAAUGGUGUCGGGGGGAUCUUUGCUUCAAAAAGAGAAAAGAGUGCAUAAAGAAACCAAGCUGUGCUCUCUUCCUCACUGGAUCCUUGUCCAGAGCUUCACAUAAUUUUGUUUUUUUU